AUGUCUUAUCUGAAUCCGGAUCCUGCAAUAUUCAACCGAUUUCAGAAAUACAUCGAAAGCUGUAAGAAGAGCGAGGAUCCAGUCAUCAAAUGUUCGGAUAAGAACAAUGCCCUCAUUGCAUCAGACACGUACUGCGGUUACAUCAAGUCAACCACUGGACCAUUCGCAGAGUGCAUCAAGAGCGCAAAGGUAGAUUGGAAGUCAGCCUAUGCUGCUUGCCAGAUAGAUGCUUGCGCUUUUGUGGACAAACCCGAGUCCAUUAAAGAAGUGAUAUGCGCUGAUGUGGGAGAAUUCGCCAGCGAAUGUCAGCUGAAUGGUUACCAACCUUCGAAGGUUUGGAGAACAACCACAUUCUGUCCAAUGAAGUGCCCUGCUAACAGCGUAUAUGAGUCCAAGAUGCGUCCAUGCCAACCGACGUGUAUCAAGCCCGAACCGAUCUUCUGUGAGGAUGAGUUGAUGGAAGGCUGCAAGUGUAAUAAAGGCUUCAUCCGAGAUGGUGAUUCGUGUGUCCCCGAGCAGUCAUGUGGCUGUUGGGAUGCAGACAAAAACUAUUACACGAUUGGCGAUGAGCGCAUAAGCUCCGACUGCACGACACUUUACAAGUGUAUCAAAGUAGGAUCAGUCGCCAAGCUAGGGUCCAGUGAGCUUAAACCUUGUGGCAAGGAUGCUGUAUGCAGACCUGGAGACAAAGGGGUCUAUACCUGUGGCUGCAAGAAAAGAUACCAAGGAGAUGGAUUCCAGUGCACGAAACAAUGCACAAAUGUUGCAAAGAGAUGGACGGGGGAUAAAUGUGUCAACCGCUGCGCUCCAGAGGAGAUCUGGGAUGACACCAAGAAGAUCUGCACACCGAGGUGCACCGAGUCUCAGUUAUGGAACAUCCCGACCAAACGAUGUGUAGACAGGUGUAAACCUUCUGACAUGUUGAAGAAAGGAGACUGUGUUGCUCGUUGUACUCCACCGAAAUCAUGGGAUCUCAGAUUGAAGAGUUGUACAGAAAAAAUCUGCACCUGCAAGGCUUGGGGAGAUCCCCAUUACCAUCGUUACGACGAUUUUACCAGAAUGAUCGACUUCAUGGGUGUCUGUAAAUACGUCUUCUCCAAGACGACCAACUCUGACGUCGCGUGUUCCUUCUCCAUUGAGGUGAAGAACGAAUAUCGAGGCAACACAAUUGUGUCUUUCGGUAGGAUGAUGGACCUGAAGAUGGGAGGUUUCGUUGUCAGACUUCACAAGGACGGAUGGACUAGGUGUGAUUCCUCUCGUCUGUGCAUCUCUGGCCCACAGCAUGCUCGCACCCGUUAUGCCAAAGAGCCAGUGAUUUUCUGGGACAGCAUCCCAUUCCGUUAA